CACCCUACAUUCGUGCGUUGUUUCAACGCUGCUGUUCAGUAUAGAAGACUAGAGGCUGAACAAAAGCUGAUCUUUCCUUCUUAGACACCCAAAACUCCGAUAACACAAAAUCCCACAACACACAGAAACCCAAGAACAAAAAAACCUCAAAAUCAGCAACAACAACAAAGAUGUCGUGGCAAACGUACGUAGACGACCAUCUGAUGUGCGAAAUUGAAGGCAACCACCUCUCUGCCGCCGCCAUCAUCGGCCACGACGGCAGCGUGUGGGCCCAGAGCGCCACUUUCCCUCAGUUGAAGCCUGAAGAAGUGACUGGCAUUCUGAAUGAUUUCAAUGAACCUGGUUCACUUGCUCCAACUGGGUUGUAUCUUGGAGGCACAAAGUACAUGGUCAUUCAAGGAGAGCCAGGAGCUGUCAUUAGAGGAAAGAAGGGACCAGGUGGUGUUACUGUCAAGAAGAGCACUCUUGCUUUGCUGAUUGGCAUUUAUGAUGAGCCAAUGACUCCUGGCCAAUGCAACAUGAUUGUUGAAAGGCUUGGUGAUUAUCUGGUUGAGCAGGGUCUCUAGAGACCUUGUGAAAACAACUACAUGUAUUACUAGUGGUGGGAUUGGAACCACUUGUGGAAACAAAAUUUGGUGCUUGAGAAAUGUUGAUUAUGGUCUUUGUCUUACUGUCUUUGUACUCCUUUGAUGAAUUGUAUUGUAUUGUAUGAUUUUCAAGUGAGGUACUUGUCCACAGGAUUUCAGUAAAUGAAUGUGGCAAAUUGAUUUGCAUGAAUUUAUAGAUAUGCCUUAUUUUUA